GGCUCCGGAGAGAAGAGGGAGAAGAACUUGACAGCCGCCCCGCUGCCCUCCCCUGAAUUUUUUGUUAUUCCGUCUUCUGUAUUUUUUUAGGGGUUUAUUUUAUUUUAUUUUAUUUCAUUCGAUUUUAUUUUCUUUGGGGUUUUUUGUUUUUAUUUUAUUUUAUCCUCCUUUAUUUUAUUCCCUUUUAUUUGAUUUCUUUCCAUUUAAUUUCACUUGAUUUGAUUUUUUUCCCCUGCCUUUUUUUUCUUUCUUUCUUUUUUUUUUAAUUUUGCUAUUUAAUUUUACUUUUGCAUUAUUUCCCCCUGCUUUUUUUGAUCGUUUGUUUGUUUUGGGGUGGAUUUUUGUUUUGUUUUGUUGCUUUUUGGUUUGGUUUUGUUGGAUUUUGUGGGGUUUUUUUUCCUUUUUUUUGCCGCCGCCGUGUGCCGGCGCGGGGCUGGCUUCUCCUUUUGAGCGUCUCCAUCCCCCGGCGGAGGUUAUGAUGGUGCAUUGUGCGGGCUGCGAGAGGCCGAUUUUGGACCGGUUCCUGCUGAACGUCUUGGACAGGGCAUGGCACAUCAAAUGCGUCCAGUGCUGCGAGUGCAAGUGCAACCUGACCGAGAAAUGCUUCUCCAGGGAAGGGAAACUCUACUGCAAAAAUGACUUUUUCAGGAGGUUUGGUACCAAAUGUGCCGGCUGCUCCCAAGGGAUUUCUCCCAGUGACCUCGUCCGGAAAGCCCGGAAUAAAGUCUUUCACCUGAACUGUUUCACCUGCAUGGUCUGCAACAAGCAGCUCUCCACGGGCGAGGAACUCUAUAUCAUCGACGAGAACAAAUUUGUUUGCAAAGAGGAUUAUUUGAACUCUCCCAGUUUGAAGGAAGGCAGCCUCAACUCAGUGUCCUCAUGUACAGACAGGAGUUUGUCCCCGGAUCUCCAGGACCCCAUGCAGGACGACACCAAGGAGACGGACAACUCGACCUCCUCGGACAAGGAGACCACCAACAACGAGAACGAGGAGCAGAACUCGGGCACCAAGCGGAGGGGGCCCCGCACCACCAUUAAAGCCAAGCAGCUGGAGACCCUCAAAGCUGCCUUCGCCGCCACCCCCAAACCCACCCGCCACAUCCGGGAGCAGCUGGCCCAGGAGACCGGCCUCAACAUGAGAGUCAUCCAGGUGUGGUUCCAGAACCGUCGGUCGAAGGAGCGGCGGAUGAAGCAGCUGAGCGCGCUGGGCGCCCGCCGGCACGCGUUCUUCCGCAGCCCCCGCAGGAUGCGGCCCCUCGGCGGCCGCCUCGACGAGUCCGAGAUGCUCGGCUCCACGCCCUACACGUACUACGGAGAUUACCAAGGUGACUACUACGGGCCGGGAGGCAACUAUGACUUUUUCCCCCACGGGCCGCCCUCCCAAGCCCAGUCCCCGGCCGACUCCAGCUACCUUCAGAACUCAGGACCCGGCUCCACACCCCUGGGACCCUUGGAGCCCCCCCUAAGCGGACACCACUCCUCAGAAAACCAAAGGUACACGGAUAUGAUCUCGCACCCCGACACCCCCAGCCCCGAGCCGGGCAUGACCGGCUCUCUGCACCCCAUUCCGGGGGAGGUCUUCAGCGGGGGGCCCAGCCCUCCCUUCUCCAUGUCCAGCAAUAGCGGCUACAGCGGCGCUCUGUCGCACCCCAACCCGGAGCUCAGCGAGGCGGCGGUCUGGUAG